AUGGUAGGUAGCAAACGUCCUGCGACAAGGGCUAGCGCUCGGAAGGGAGCUGCACCUUCAGUGCCAACUGGAGGAGAGAUCUACCAGGAUAUGCUUGCGGAAGCUGGCGUGAAUUCAUGGGUUCGGUCAUCACCAGAACGGCCUUUAAAGCGACGUCGUGCUGGGCCAAGCAGAGUAAUAUCGGAACCAGGAAAGACAUCAGAAGUAGCUUCAAAGCAAACAGAACCAAGCAAAGCACCUCCAGCGCAAGUCGCGGACAAGGAAGAGGAAGAGGUCGAUGACGAUGAAGGCGAGGACAUUGAGUUUGAAGAUGUUGCCUUGCCCCAACCAACGAUGCAGACUAUGGAGCUAGAAUCCGACGAUGAUGAAGAUGAGGACAUCAUGUUCGAGGAUGUGGACUUUACAGCACCUCUCCAAGAUUUAGGCAAACCCGAAGAACCAAAGUCGUUAGAGCUCAAUCUGACAGCGCAUCAAUCAUCUACAGCUCAGGUAAAGAAGGCCGCCGAGAGGCGUAAACCAAUCAGCAGAGAGGAGCAGAAGACACGGAUGGAUAUACAUAAAACGCAUCUCCUGUGUCUGUUGUCACACGCUGCACGUCGCAAUCAUUGGUGUAAUGAUGGCAAAGUCCAGGACUACCUGCGACCGCAUUUAACGGACAAGACAGUCAACUACCUCACCCCUGGCGCACACCUUCCGCAAUUUGGAAGGACUGAGAGUUUGAAGACUGGUCUCAAGCAGGCAGAGGGUGUAUGGAAGACGAAGUAUGAAGUUACCGAAAGGGGUCUAAGGCGUGCUCUGUGGGCGGAAGACCUAGAACAACUGAAAGAUUAUGAGCCGCCAGAUGAUAUGGAAAGCUGCUUAGAUCGUGACGAUUUCCGGGAGGCGGCAAAAAAGCUACAAGGGUCUAGAGACGUUGGAGCACAGCUGUAUUGCGCCCUUCUACGAAGUGUUGGCGUAAAGGCACGUUUGGUGUGCUCUCUACAACCUCUCGCAUGUACAUCUGGAGCCCCAUCAAUGCCGAAACCGAAGCAAAGGCCGAAAAAGCGCUCGACAAUAGACGAGAAAAAUGCGCAAGUGCGGGCUACGAUGGCUAAAUACCAAGAAAUGGCCAGUGCUGGAUAUGGUACACCAUCUGGCAGUUCUUCAGCACGUCGAAGGUUGGGGCACCCAAACGCAACAUCAUACAACUUUACACCGGCGAUAUCUCUUCCGAAACCUCAGCCAACCUUUGAAAUUCGCAAGCGAAUAAAAGAAUCCUCACAUCCUGUGUACUGGGUUGAGAUCCUUGAUGUCGGACAUCAGAAGUGGCAACCGGUAGAUGCUAUGGUUACUCAUACCUUCUGGAAGCCAAAAUCCUUGGAGCCACCCAUUACUGAUAAGGAGAAUUUCCUUUCCUACGUGGUAGCAUUUGAUGAGGAUGGGACUGCAAAAGACGUAACAAGGAGGUAUGCGAAGGCAUAUACAGCAAAGACCCGAAGAUCAAGAAUCGACACAGCUUGUGAAGGUGGUGAUAUUUGGUGGAGACGGAUUAUGCAACUGUACGGCCGGCGGCGGCGGACAGAUCUCGAUCAAAUUGAGGAUAACGAACUCGUAGGUAUCGAGGCGAGAGAGCCUAUGCCAAGGAAUGUACAGGACUUCAAAGACCAUCCAGUCUUUGCGCUUGAACGACAUCUUCGACGCCAUGAGGUUCUUGUUCCUGGAGCCACACCUUCUGGAACAGUUGCUGCAGGUAGUAGAGCACCGCUCGAGAAGAUCUACCGGCGGAAGGAUGUUCGGAUUGCGAGAAGUGCAGAUAAAUGGUAUCGUCUGGGGCGGGAGGUUAAACCACUGGAAAUACCUGUCAAAUGGCUACCUAAAAAGGCAAAACCAAAGAACCCUCUGGAUGAUGACCAAGAUGAGGAUGCCCACGGAGAUGCCGGGACACCUAUCUACACCGAGGAUCAGACAGAGCUCUUCGAACCACCCCCAGUGCGGAAUGGCAUGGUACCGAAGAACAAGUUUGGAAAUAUCGAUGUUUAUGUACCAAGCAUGAUUCCUAAAGGAGGAGCUCACAUUAUCCACGAGCAUGCAACACGAGCAGCGAUUAUGGCUGGAGUCGACUACGCACCCGCUCUCACCGGCUUCUCAUUCAAAGGACGACAUGGCACAGCCGUGUUAACCGGCAUAGUGGUCGCAAAAGAGUACGAAGAAGCUGUGCGAACUAUAAUUGAUAGUCUAGGUGAUCUGGAGCAAGAGGUAGAGGAUGAGCGAAGAAGACACCGUGCACUUAGGGCUUGGAGGAAGUUCAUGAUGUCGUUACGUAUAAGAGAACAGAUUUGGAGCGGUGUAGACGCAGAUGAAAGAAAGGCAGCGGAUGAUAAAGCGGCUAAAGAGGCACAACUGGACCAAGAGAUUGAGGAUGCGCCGAGCGAUGUUACUGAAGAGUUUGACAUGGCAGAUGAUGAUGAUAUGGGCGGCGGGUUUUUGGUGGAAUAG